AUGAGGUGCUAUCAGGUCUUCCUUCUCUCAGCAGAGAAACUCUCUACCUUCUGUCCCACACCAAAAGUGAUCAGGUGCAUGACCAACACCCCUGUGGUUGUCCGGGAAGGUGCUACAGUCUAUGCCACUGGGACUCAUGCGGAUGUGGAGGAUGGGAAGCUCUUGGAACAACUGAUGGCCAGCGUAGGCUUCUGCACCGAGGUGGAAGAGGACCUGAUAGAUGCUGUAACGGGGCUCAGUGGCAGUGGCCCUGCGUAUGCGUUCACUGCUCUGGAUGCUCUGGCGGAUGGGGGAGUGAAAAUGGGACUUCCCCGCAGGCUGGCUGUUCGACUUGGAGCACAGGCUUUGCUGGGUGCUGCCAAAAUGCUGUUAGAAUCUGAGCAGCAUCCCGGUCAGCUGAAGGACAACGUCUGCUCGCCCGGGGGAGCCACCAUCCAUGCCCUGCACUUCCUGGAGAGCGGUGGCUUUCGCUCACUCCUAAUCAAUGCUGUGGAGGCUUCCUGCAUCCGGACAAGGGAGCUGCAGCAUCUGGCAGACCAAGAGAAGAUCUCCCCAGCAGCCAUAAAGAAGACUUUGUUGGAUAAGGUGAAGCUGGAGUCUCCUUCUCUGUCCGUGGCAUCUGCCAGCAAAGUCAGUCUGUUCACUAACAAGAGCCCCAGCAGCAAGAAGAACUGACCAGACUGCUGUAGUCUGGCUGUGCUGAACCUCAGUCUCCUCCAUGCCCUUUCUUUUUUGUCUAAGGAAAAACGCUCACUCUGAAUGUUGGUGCCCCCCAUACCUGGCUCUUGGCUUGCAGCAGCUGUGAGGCGGUGCAGCGCUGUAGAAGAGGGUCUUUAACCUGUAGUGGGGUUGGUGCAAACUGUCCCUGGCAUUGCUGUUCUCUGUUGGGCAGGGGUGAUACCAUCAUCAGAGCUUCAUCAAGGGCAUCGUUUGUCCAGAAGCUUUGGAUACUUCUAGGACUCGGGCAGUGUUUGUGGUGUCCCAUGCAGAAAUGGUUUCUAAUAGGAUUUUUUUAAGAGGUUUCAGAAUGCCUUUUGGUCUCAGAGGUUUGAACCAGGCCUGGAUCCCUCUUGCCCCAUCUUGCAUCUGCUGUCAGAGCUUGUGUCUUGUUGCUGUCUCUAUUAGCUAGAGCAGAUGCUGCCACACAAAUGCAGUGCUGCGCACUACGUUAGAGGCUGGGCCCUAAAGCACCUCUCAGAAGGGACCGAAGUGCCUCUGCCCCAUCUCCCAUCUGCCUUGACUUUGAGAGACAGAUGGUGUAAAUCUCUGGACCAC